CCCCUUCCCUGCGCUGGUGCCUGACUCCUGCAUCCCAGGAUUCUUUCCCCACCUCCGGGAAUGAGGGUUUCUUCUGCCUGUUGGUUCUCUGCCUCACUCGCUGCAGGCUGGUUUAGGCGGCUCCUGCACAAGCCCAAGCCCAGCUCGGUGGAGAGCAGCCUCAAAGGCGGCCGCUCUGCUUCAUCCUCUCCUUCCUCUUCCUCAUCCUCUGCCAAGAGUUCCAGCUCCUCCUCUAGCACAAGCCUGGCCAGGUCUAUCCGUCCGUCACCCGUGUCAACGUUGGACAUCAGCGCCUCGGGCAGCGCCCGGUGGGCCAAGAGCUACGAUGUCUGCAUCUGCCACAGCGAGGUGGACCUGGAGCUGGUGGAGGAGCUGGUGUCCUACCUGGAGGGUCAACCCGAAAGCUUCCGUUGCUUCCUCCAGCUGCGGGACGCGGUGCCGGGAAGCGCGGUGGUGACGGAACUGUGCGACGCCGUGCAAAACAGCCACUGCUGGGUCAUGCUCAUCACCCCCGGCUUCCUCAGGGACCCUUGGUGCAAGUACCAGAUGCACCAGGCAUUGGCUGAAGCUCCGAUGGCCAACGGACGCACCAUCCCGGUGUUGAAGGAUGUGGAUCGGAAGGAUUAUCCCAAGGAGCUGCGAAACCUCUACUACAUCUACAUGGCGCUGAAGGAGAACAGCUUCAGGCAGAUCAGGGACACCAUCAUGCGCUACCUCCAGGAGCUGUGCCGGAGCUCCACGAGCAGGACGGAGUAGUGCUGGGAGCAGGCAGAGGUGUCCCCCCGGGCGUUUUGGUGCUGCCACCACCGGUUCUGGAUGCAUCCAUGUCCUGACAAACCUCAGGAGCAAAGCCGAGCCGCUUGGACCAGACCUGGGAACUGAAGACGGGGAGGUCCCCGCAGCCGUGGGGGGACAGCGGUGUGGAGCCUGUCACAUCCUGGUGAUGCUACCACCAUCCUGGUGGCCAAGACCCCCUCGGUGGGGACGGGGACAUCCUCCAGCAGGUCCCCGCUGCUCAUCACGCAAACACUAAGCUCUGCCGUCGGGUGGGUCCGGGGGUCUUCAGAGCUUCUUACGGCAGCGUACCCCUGGGGUGAGGACCGCUCCUGGGGGCCUCAGACCCCCAGUAAGCUGACAUGGCGCCUGCCCCGUGGUGCUGGUGUCUUUGCAGGGGUUUGUUGGGACUAGAAAAAUACAGAAAU